CCGCCCCACGCGCCACACGCCGUGCGCCUUCCGCCUCGCUACGUCACAGCUGAGCGCGGCCCGCAGUGACAGCCGCGAGUACACGACGUGGGAGACUCGGCCAGUGUCCGCUGCACAGUAGUCGCGAUGGCGGGCACACGCUAGACGCUACAGCCCACUUGCCACCCUCCGCUUAAGGCCUAGGAUACGACGCGACAACACAGGACAGGGGAGCAGAGGACGCCACUAGAGACUCGGCUCACACGGCCCAACAUGCGCCUCAGCUGGCUUCUGGCCUGCUGCAGCCUCUGGGCGUGCGCCGUCGACGUGCGCGCCUUCACCGCCGAGCAGAUGCUGGACCUGGAGCCCGGGGCCCUGCGCCAGUUCGGCACCGACGUAGACCCAGCUAACGACGUGCUUCCCGAGGAGAGCGAGAUCGACCGGCUGGUGAGCCUGGAGAAGCUGAAGCAGAUGGCGGCCGAGACGGCGCGCCUGCAGCAGCAGCAGCGGCAGGAGGCGCUGCUGAUGCAGCAGCAGGAGAAGGAGCGCCAGAAGCAGCAGUUCACCUACCGCUUCCCGGAGGCGCCAUCCUCCAGGUUCGCGCUGCGGCCCGCCGAUCCCGGCUACUACGCCACCAGUCUCGCUGCCGACGUGGACAGCGGCGAGAUGCAGGCCGGCUCGGACAUCACACUGCGGCAGGACUCUCCGCUGCUGCAGGUGGACGUGUCCCCCCUGCGCUUCCACCUGCAGCCGCCGCCGGCAGCGCCGCUGCCCGCGCUGAACGGUGGCGCCUCUGGUGGCCAGGGGGAGCGGCAGCUGACAGCGCCGCCCAAGCAGCUGCUCGAGCCGGAGGAGCCGCAGGUGUGGCAGAAGCAGCCGCUGCCGCCUGAGCUGGAGCCGCAGCAGCUGCAGCAGCAGCAGCCAGAUGUCCGCACCAGGCCGCUGCCGCCUGCCGACGACGGCUCAGACCUCUACUUCAUAGCGAUAGUGGCCGGAUGCAGUGCGGCAGCCAUCGUUGGUAUAAUUGCCAUAGGGAUUAGCUGGUACCGGCUGCAGAAGAACGCCAAGGCGGCGGCGGACGUGGAGUACCCGGCCUACGGGGUCACCGGCCCCAACAAGGAGCCGUCCCCCACGGGGGACCGCCGGCUGGCGCAGUCGGCCCAGAUGUACCACUACCAGCACCAGAAGCAGCAGAUCAUCGCCAUGGAGAGCCGUACAGGCGCCAACGAGCGUCCGGGUUCAGUGUCUGAGGCGGAGAGCGACGAGGAGGGAGAAGAGGGCGACUACACUGUCUACGAGUGCCCAGGACUCGCCCCGACCGGCGAGAUGGAGGUGAAGAACCCGCUGUUCCAGGACGAGCCGACCCCCGCCACACCCGCCCCCAAAGCCGCCUCCGCCCCCGCUGCCCCCGCCGCCCCCACCGAUCAGCCCCAAGACCCGCCCCCGCAGCAGAAGAAGCAGCCAUAAGUGUGCCGACGAGACGCGCUGCACUUGCCACUGCUCUGCCGGCGCAACCGCAUUCCUUAACAUUUGUCAUCACUACGCUGGCCACGCGCCUCUCUCACCCCAGCAGUCCCUCGCGUCACCUCGCUCAACCGCUGCACGCCGCCACCCUUACCGUACGCUACAGUUGGAAUGUGACGUAACUUGCAGCAUUGCUACUUUUCGUAUCCUGCAGCCUGCAGAGCGGUGGAAAGUGUAGCCUUUUCCAUAAUACAGUACUAUUAUAUGUAGUUUAAUUUGUUUCUGGGUGGAAUUUACCGUAAAUAUUAAUCCCGAAUUUGCCGAAUUAUCGAUAAUGCAGAGAACUAUCGACAUUGCUGCUUGUAAUAAUAUCGUAUACGUUGGCAUGUACGUCUAGUCGCACCACAAACAGUAGACCGCGUGAAACCGCAGAUUCCUCGUAUAUGUACCCCACUGUUAAUCACCCUUUAUUAGACAGGUCCCUGUUGUAUUCGUGGUUGUUCACUAGGUGUAUCUCGAAUUAUUUCACGCUUCCUGCAUAAAUUUUAUCGAGGCCCUUUCAAUUUACGGCCCCAUUUCAGAAAAGGUCUAUCAAGCCAAAUGAGAAUAGGGAACGAACUUCAAAUGUUCGAGAAUAUUCAUAGAAAGGCCUACAGCCAUAUGUAGCGCUUGUAAAACAAUCCUGGAGCUAUGUAAAGUUAUUGAUACCAUGAGAACUGUAAUAACAAGAUUGCGAAUUUACCUUGUUAUUUGUAUAAAGUUAGGAAUCUUUGUAUAAAGUUACAGUGACCAACAUGAAAUAUAAGUGCUCGAUUGCCGUUUCGAAGCCUAAUGAAGGCGGGAGCAACUAUAUCAUACGCAGGGCGAGUCAGGAGGAAAGGUACACUUUUCGAGGGGUGGAUAGCAUUAGUGAUUCUGAACAAAAACAGUCAUAUGAACAUAUGUCCUGCUCUUAACAGUGUCCUAGUAAACUAACAAAAACAAUGGGGAACAGGACAAAUGCAGGUGAUAUCCAAUGAAGUAUUGUGAACCUGAUCCAAUGUUUUGUUUAAUUGUGUACAUUUCCUCACAAAAGAUGUCUGAAAAGUCCACCAUCAACUGCAAUGCCUUUUGCAGCUCUUGUACACAGCUGCCGUGUUACUAAUUUGAUCUCAUUCGUACGACCCCUUACAUGAACAUGCAAAUGUAAAAUACGAGUGAGAAGUUUCUCUUUUGAGUCCACUCUGUGCUUGUAUACUUCGCUCUUAAACUAACACAACAAAGAGUGAUCCAAUGGUCUAAGUCAGGAGACCUCGAUGUCCAAGAUCGAUCGACCUAUCUGUGAUCGAUCCAACACCCAGGAUGUCAGUUGCCUUAUGAAAUGUCUAGGAGCUCCAGCGUGCUUAAGGAAUAUCCUCCAAGAAUGGAGGGUUGGUAACACAUUUUGAAGUAAAUCAAGAUACCGUACCCCACUAAGAAGAUUAUCGAAAACAACUGGACUGAUAUGUUGGUCGUCAAUAAUACAGCACUGAAACAGUCAGUAAAGACACAAGGCCUACGUAGCUUCGGUUGUAUUCGCAUGUGAGUGCUGGUGAAGGACAUGCGACUGACGACCGUGGUUUUCAAACUGCUGUAUGUCGGAUACGGUUAAUAAAAGGGCGUACCUUCAUUUGAAUUUUUUUGUUCAGAAUCACUAAUAGUAUCACCCCUAAAAGCAUGUACCUUUCCUUCUGAGUCACCCUGCAUAUGAAUGACUCCAGCGAAAGAAAUUUACGCAGAAACCGUAAAAUAAUUUACUUUGUUUCAUCCAGUAGUUCAUAGUAGUAAAACUCUUUUUCUUUUUCUCUUUUUUUUAACUUUUGUAUUGGCACAUGUUUACGAAAUGUUGUAACGUAUGGAUGAAGUUAUCUUGAGAAUAAAGAGGUAAUAAGCAGAGGCAUUGUUAAAAGUAAUCAAACGAGAGCUAUACAGUCAUAUCAAGGAAGAAGUGGGAAAGGGCGGGGGGGGGAGGGGGGGAGUAGCUUUCUGUGUAAAUGAGAGCUAGAGAGCUACAGCCCUACAGACAAGUUCGUCUCUUAUGCUCGUAACAUUUAUCAUUUUAAUAUAGUUUCGAGUUACUGGAGCAUUGCACCACUAAGUCGCAUUUAUUUCUUUCAAGUUGGAAGUCCAUCCACUAAUGAACUAAACAAAGAUUAUAUUUUAACUGAAAAGUAACUGUUCUCGCGCUGUCAAAAAAUUAUAUAUAUACGUGUACAUACAUGAUUUAUUUUGUGUAAUCCUACCGAAUAGAAUUUAUGCAGAUGUAUAAAUAUAUUGUACUAUACAAUAAUUUAACAGUUCUAUAGGAAUAAUGUGUUACUUGCGAAUGUGGUACAUUUGUUCUGAGACGAAUUUAAUAAAGUUUUACCAAAUA